CCUGAACAUCACAACCCCUCCCGCCCCAACGUCGCCCGACCAAAAAAAAAGUAUCACCCACAUCUCUCUCCCUUCCACGCCGGCCACGCACAAAGGAAAGAAGCAACAUCUAGCGUACCGGUGAGUCCCGCUCUGAAUGCCCCGUCCAGCGGCGCGAUGCCAGCCCCUUUGCGCACGCGCGCUCUCUCUCGUCUCCCCUUUACCCCCCCUCGCUCUCGUUUUUCCUCCUUUGCGGUGGGGCCUCGCGACCUGGGCGUCGCCCCUCCCUACCCGGCCGCGCUGGAGGGGUACAAUUAACUGCCCAUGUCGUUGUGUGGGCGAUGUUUUUUUCUCCUUCUUGAGACCGCGAUGACUGACUUGACGUCUUGAUAUCUAGCGUACUUGCAGGCCUGUUCAGAAGCGAAUCGCACGCACCGAAUCCGACGUCAUGUCUGCCACCGAUAACACCGAUCCCAAGGUCGAGGAGCCUAAGGUCGAGGAGCCCAAGGUUGACGAGGCCAAGCCGGCCGAGAAGACUGAGGCUUCCACCGAUGACUCCAAGCCCGUGACCUCGUCGGCCGUCUUCUCGAUGUUCGGCGGCGGCGCCAAGAAGGAGAAGAAGGAGGAUGAGGAGCGAGGCGAUGUGUCUGGCAGCGCCAAGGCGCAGCGCGAGGCGGCCGAGGCGGCCAAGGGCGACGAUGCCGAGGACGCUCCCGAGAGCGAGGACGUGCACUUCGAGCCUGUCAUCAAGCUGACCGAGAAAGUGGAGACCAAAACCAACGAGGAGCUCGAGGAGCAGGAGUUCAAGAUGCGCGCCAAGCUGUUCAAGUUCGUCAAGGAGAGCAGCGAGUGGAAGGAGCGUGGAACCGGCGACGUCCGCCUCCUGAAGCACAAGGAGAACGGCAAGACGAGACUGGUCAUGCGCCGCGACAAGACGCUCAAGGUCUGCGCCAACCACUACAUCGUCCCCGAGAUGAAGCUGUCCCCCAAUGUCGGUUCUGACCGAAGCUGGGUGUGGAACGCCGCCGCCGAUGUGAGCGAGGGCGAGCCCGAGGCCGUUACGCUGGCCAUUCGAUUCGCAAACUCUGAGAACGCCAACCUCUUCAAGGAUGCGUUCCUGAAGGCUCAGAAGGAGAACGAGGCCAUAUUCAAGAAGGCGACCGAGGAGGCCCCGGCCGCUUAAGCAGCCCGUCGCGUCGACCGCCCAGCGGAUCCCGUCUUGGAGCAGCCGCCGCUUCCUGCCACGGACCUGAGUGGCGCCCCCUUUCCAUCCCCCCAAAAUAGUCACAUCAGCGUCAGCAUCGUCACCAGCGAUGGUUGCAAACCAAACCCUUCCCCCAGAACCACAGAGAAUCCCACCACAGAAAGCACUGAGACGAAAACCCCGGACGGAUCGAGGAUCGCGAGGGGAAGAGGAUCAGAGAAUGUGAGCAGGAUAGAGCACCGAGUGGUGCGUGUCAGGCAUGAGGUUUGACGGACGGAGGACAGCAUUGAGAGCAUCAGGUCACAACACCCCCCGUAAUCACAAGCAAAAUAAAAAUGCAUUAGAGAAUUGGCG